GCUCUGCUCAGUCCUAAAAUCGGCUUCUUUCAGUCUCUCUUUCUCUUCCCCCACCUUUCCCCCCUUCCUUCCUUCCUCCCCUCCCUCUCCACUCAAACUCAAACAGAAACGGUCUCUUCACUUUUUUGGAAGAGGCUGCUUAUGUCUUGCAGUAAACUCAAGAAGGAGGGAGGAAUGACACAGGAGAGAGAGAGAGGGCCGAAAAAAUGUUUGUCUUCAGCUCCAAGAAUUCUACACUCCCUUCUAGCAGGGCCCUGUGAUUGGCUGCCGGGUAGCCUUGCAGUAGGACGGCCUACUUCCUGGUGAAGUCCAGCGGUUUGCUGUUUAACCUCUCUGCACUGACCGCCACCCUCCCGACAGGCUUCCCACCCCCACCAUAGGGAGCGCCAAAACAACGUGCAUUCAGCCUUGGCUCCGAGGUGCUAUUCCAAAUCUACCUGGCUCACAAUCAGGCCGGAGCUGGCAGGAAUGCUAUGGAAAAAAACUGUCAGCCUGAUAAGAUAGAGCUUGGGAUCGCUGUGCCUGUGCCGAAAAGUUUGCAGUCGACUUUGGAGGAAGAGGAGGAGGAGGAGGAGAAGGAGGAGGCGCCCACAGACGAGGGGUGCAGGAGUGUACAGCUGUGCACGGCCAGCAGUGUGCAGAGCCAGUGACAGAGCAGGGGAGAGGAGCUGGACAUCGGGACGCAGAGGGACCGCAGGAGACCAGAGAAAGAAGCUCAACAUGCUCUCCGUUGCUGCCACCAUUCUCCGCCACGGGGCCGUGAGAUGCCGGUGUGGCCAGCGUGCCAUGGCAACGGUUAUCUCCGGCAACAAGACGUCACAGCUGGUGAGGGAGAGGCUGAAAACAGACGUGGCUGAGAUGAGGAGCCAUUUCCCAGGCUUCAGGCCAGGCUUGGUUGUGCUCCAGGUGGGCGACAGGGACGACUCCAAUCUGUACAUCAGUAUGAAGCUGAAGGCUGCGGCAGAGAUUGGAAUCAGUGCCAACCACAUCCGGCUGCCAAGCACUGCCACAGAAGAGGAGGUGUUGCGAAGCAUUGUGUCCGUUAACGAGAACCCUGCAGUGCACGGCCUGAUUGUGCAGUUACCUCUGGAUUCAGUCAACCCCAUCGACACAGAGAAGGUGACCAACGCAGUGGCUCCAGAGAAGGAUGUUGAUGGCCUCACUAGCAUCAAUGCGGGGAAGCUUUCCCGUGGGGACCUGGGAGACUGUUUCAUCCCCUGCACACCAAACGGCUGCAUGGAGCUCAUUGCCCAGGCAGGUGUAUCUGUGGCUGGGAAGAACGCGGUGGUGAUCGGGCGGAGCAAGAUCGUGGGAGCCCCCAUGCACGACCUCCUGCUGUGGAGCCACGCAACAGUCACCACCUGUCACUCAAAGACCCGGGAUCUGGCAGCACAGGUGGGCCGGGCGGACAUCCUGGUGGUGGGCGCCGGGAAGCCUGAGAUGGUGAAGGGGGACUGGGUGAAGGAGGGGGCCGUGGUCAUCGAUUGCGGGAUCAAUCACAUUCCAGACAGCAGUAAGCCCAGCGGGAAACGUGUGGUCGGGGACGUCCACUACGCCUCCGCUAAGGAGCGGGCAGGGUUCAUCACCCCAGUGCCAGGAGGCGUGGGUCCAAUGACAGUGGCCAUGCUGAUGGAGAACACAGUUCAGAGUGCCAAGCGGUUUCUGAAUUCAUAUCGUCCAGGGAAGUGGAACAUUACAUACAUCAAACUGAAACCGGUGCGUCCAAAGCCAAGUGAUGCUGCAAUUUCCCGGGCGUGUGCUACCAAGCCUGUCAUGAAGCUUGCCAGGGAGGUGGGCCUGUUCUCGGAGGAAGUGGAGCCGCACGGACGCCACAGGGCCAAGGUCCAGCUGGACGUCCUGACGCGCAUGAGAGCACAGCCUGAUGGGAAAUAUGUGGUGGUCACAGGAAUCACACCUACUCCACUGGGAGAAGGCAAGACCACAACCACCCUUGGACUAGCUCAAGCACUUGGGGCACACCUUAAUGUAAACAGCAUUGCUUGUAUACGGCAACCUACUGCAGGGGCUACAUUUAGCGUCAAAGGGGGUGCGGUUGGAGGGGGAUAUGCCCAAAUUCUUCCAAUAGAGGAGGCCAGUCUGCACCUAACCAGCGACACUCAAGCAGUCUCCACAGCCACAAGUCUGGUGAUGGACUCCAUCACCUCUCGGAUGCAUUGUGAAUCUCAGCAAAACCACCAGACUCUGUUUGAUCUCCUGGUCCCUCUUCGUGACGGUCAGAGAGAAUUUUCUACACCUCAGCUGAAGAGGAUGGAGAAACUUGGAAUUGACAAAAUGGACCCUCUGACACUAACUGACAAGGAGAUAAGACAAUUUGUGAAACUGGACAUUGAUCCUCUCAAAGUGUCUGUGGACAAGCUCAGCCACAACAUAGGGAAUGAAAUCAUGGCCAUCUUGGCUUUAAGCACAAGCAUUCAGGACUUGCAGGAGCGCCUGGCUAAAAUGGUGGUAACCAGCGACUGCUUUGGAGAACCUGUCACCACGGAAGACCUGGGUGUCACAGGUGUGUUGACCGUCCUUCUCAGAGAUGCAUUGAAACCCUGCUUGAUGCAAACAGUGGAGGGGAGUCCAGUGUUUAUUCACACAAGCCCAUCUUCUGACAUUGCUCAUGGCAACUCGUCCAUCCUGGCCGACAAAAUGGCCUUGAAACUGGUGGGGCCUGCAGGUUUUGUGGUGACUGAAGCCGGCUGCGGUGCAGAAAUUGGUCUGGAGAAGUUCUUCAACAUUAAGUGCCGAUAUUCAGGCCUGCAGCCAGAUGUGACGGUGAUGGUGGCUACUGUCCGUGCUCUCAAGAUGCACGGAGGAGAUCAGAAGAAUGGGAACCGAUUGGAGUUUGGCUGUAGCCAUUUAAGAAGACAGAUUGAAAAUGCAAGAGCUUAUGGAUUACCAGUGGUGGUAGCCAUCAAUAUGUUUUGCUCUGACACAGAGGAUGAGUUGGAGAUGGUCUCUGCCCAGGCCAGGUUAGCUGGGGCUUUUGAUGUGGUGCGCUGCACUCAUUGGGCUGAGGGGGGCGCUGGCGCCGUGGCUCUGGGAAAGGCUGUGCAGAGAGCUGCAGAAGUCCCCCAUCCAUUUAAGUACCUCUACCCCCUGGAGAUGUCCAUUGAAGAGAAGAUUCGCACGGUGGCCCAGAGAAUGUAUGGAGUCAAAGACAUACAGCUAUCAGCGCAAGCACUGAACAAGAUCAGACUUUAUACGAAACAGGGGUUGGCAAAUUUGCCGAUCUGUGUUGCCAAGACCCACCUGUCACUGAGCCCUGAACAGGGGAGGACGGGAGUGCCCAAAGACUUCACCCUGCCCAUCGUGGACAUCCAGCCUAAUGUGGGAGCCGGGUUCCUGUGUCCUGUGGUCAACAAUAUGACUCCAUCGCACAGACUAAUAUGGCCCUGUUACCAUGACAACGACCUCUAUUCCGUCAUGCAAUAGGUUCAGACCCCAAGGUUUGGUCAGCCAUUGAGGUACAACUCCCCCUGGCACCUGGCCCUUGAAGAGAAUGGAUGUCUCCACUCUUCCAUCUAUCCCUUGAUUGAUUCAGUAAAGCGCAGACCUUAGCAAGCAUGGCUCAUGCUUUUGAAGACUGGAAGACCGUCACAGACACAAACACUUGCAACACACCCAGUAUGCUAUUGUGAGGUCAAAAUCCUCCACAAACCCAUUUUCUUGAAUACCCACAUGAGGAAGAUGUCUAGAAAGAACACAUGAAGCAUCCCAUUCACUUGGAAAAUGGGCAGUGGUUCUGCUGUUCAAUUUUAUUUCCACUUGAGUGAGUGUGUUUAUUUCAGCGCUACCUGCUACUCCACCUAGCCUGUUGUCAUUACAUACUGGAAUUGUAUAACUGUCCCUCAGUGGCUCCCACUUCCAGAAUCGCAACAACACUUCUCUGGGAUCUGCCAUUGUGGAUCAAGCUGCUCCGAUGGAUUACACUGCUUGUCUGUUGCAGUUUCAAAGGAACUGAAAGUUGCAUAAGUCCUAAUACUGUGUUACCCUGGGAUAAGAGGAAACUGAUUGCUGUGAAGAAAUCCAUGUCAUGUCAUGUUCCUUUUGCCGGAGGAAAGCAACAAAAAAGAGCCUUUAGUUAACUAGUCUGUUUUUUGAACAUUAGUUCAAGCAAAACAUAUCCUAGCUUGCUGUGAUUAAACCCUGUUUAUGUGAUAUUGACAAAGGUGAACGUAAUAAAGUCACGAACUCUGAUAAAA